UGUUGCUGAGUUUGCGGAGAGAGCAGGCGGCGGUGGUGCGACUCGGGAGGGUGCAAUCUGAACCCAAGGGUUCCAAUGGGCCGGGGUGUGAGAGCCAUGCAAGCCGGGGAAAGGUGGUGGUAAGGCGGGGAGGCUGCCAGGAGGAUGGCGGCGGCGGGGCUGCAGCCCGGGCUGGAGCUGGGCGCGAGGCUGGUGCAGGGUCUUCUCUGCGGCGGCCUCUUCCUCUUCGCCUACCUGCAGCUCUGGCUGCUGCUCUGCGGGAGGGAGAAGCGGCUGAGCUUCCGCGCGGCGGGGCUCUUCCUGGGUCUGCUCUGGGCCGCCCUCCGCACCGUCCUCUGCGCCGCCCUCCUCCCGGCACGCCCCCGCCGGAGCCUCCCCGCCGCCCCCCGCUGGCUCCUCGGCGCCGCCCCCGCCGCCCUCCGCUUCGCCGCACUCGCUCUCCUCAACCUCUACUUCGCGCAGGUCAUCUUCAAAGUCAAGUGUGCUGCCGAAUUCAACAGAUACAAGGUGGUUUUGUACCUGGGCGCCAUCUUCACCAGCCUUCUCUUCCUCUUCGUGAACUUGACCUGCACGCUACUGGCACACGACGAUGCGCCCGAAGAGCAGCGGCGCUGGGCCCUCUUCACGCGGGUCGUGAUCAACGACGGCCUCUUCAUCCUCUCCUGUGCCUUGCUGGCCUGCACCAUGUGCCGGCUCUCCAAAAUGUCCUCGGCCAACGUUUACCUCGAGUCCAAGGGCACGUCUGUCUGCCAAGCGCUGCUCGUGGGUUCGGUCGUCGUCCUCCUCUACUCUUCAAUGGCGUUCUAUAACAUGGUGGCCGUCACCGUCUCUCCAGACCACAUGCCCAGUCCGUUCAACUACGGCUGGGACAACCUGAAGGUUCGAGGGGAAGAUGUCAGCAGCAAAGAAUACGUUGUCUUUGGGAUGGUGUUUUUCCUCUGGGAGUUUAUCCCGACCUUAUUUGUGGUGCUGUUCUUCAGAGCCCAGCGCCUGUCGCAGAAUUUGGCGCCUGCAGGGAUGAUCAACAGCCACAGCUACAGCUCCAGGGCUUACUUCUUUGACAACCCAAGGCGGUACGACAGCGACGACGACCUUCCCAGGCUUGGCGGAGGAGGAAGCAUAUCAACUCCUCAGAGCUCUGGAUGGUACGGAUCGUUGACGGGAAGCGACAUCUGCGCCUCGAUCCCUUCCUCGGCGGCUCCUUCCACGGACAUUGCUCCGCUGCUCUUCACUCACGGCAGCUUGGAUUCAAGGCAUCACCACAACGGGCACCUGGCGCUGCAGAACUGACCUGGGAAAAGAGAAGGACCCCCAGCACCCCCAGCAUCUUGGGGGGGGGGGGUUCCCAUUCAUUCCAUAAUAUGGGGAAGGAACAAUACGGUGCGGUGUGCUUUGGACCAAAAGGCCAUUUCCUGCCAUGAUGGAAGUGUUGACAUUGCAGUGGCUUCCGAGAGCAUUUUCGUGGUCAUGCAUUCGUAAACAAAACAAAGUCCCCUGACGGUUGGAGAGAUCGGUGUUUGCACUUUUAACCAAAAUAUUUCCAAAGGAAGUGUUCCCUUUCCCCCCCA